AUGGGAAGUCCGGCACGCCGCGUGAUCUUGCACAACGCGCGCAUGGGUCGAGAAUUCAUAGGACCGUCCAUGCUGAGGCAGAUGAGGGGGCGUGCUGGGCGCCAAGGCAAGUCCCCAGUCGGCGAAACUUACUUGUGCUGUCGCGAGGCCGACUUGGACCAAGUUCUAGACCUUGUGCGAGCUGAGAUACCCGAAGUCUCGAGCUGUCUGAAUACCGAGAAUCGGCGCAUACAGCGUGCACUUUUGGAGGUUAUCUCGACGCGACUGGCUACUAACCACGAGUCAAUCCGCGACUACUUUUCGAAGUCGCUCCUGACUUACUCGCACGGUGUACCCUUUGUGCACGAGUGCCUUGAAAAGAGCUUGGCUGAGGUCCAGAGCAUGGGAUUGGCAACAAGUGAUACAGCAGACUGUCUCGCCCCUACUCAACUGGGUAGGGCAAUUGUGGCCUCUGCGAUUGAUCCUGAUGAUGGAGUCUUCGUCCACCGAGAACUCACGAGGGCUCUGAAGGCCUUUGUGAUGGAUGGGGAGAUGCACAUCCUGUACGUCUUCACGCCAGUGCAAGACUUCGGGGUAAUUGUCAACUGGCAAGUGUUCCGCAACGAGAUGGAGGCCCUGGAUGAAAGCGGCUUGCGCGUGAUGAACUUCUUGGGAAUCAAGCCAACAGCUAUCCUCAAACUAGCCCAGGGCGCGACUUUGAAAGAAAACACGCCGGGGGAGAAGGAGCUGGCCCGCAUCUACAGACGGUUUUACCUCGCUCUCCAGCUGCGAGACUUGUGUAAUGAGACUCCGAUACAUGUCGUCUCUCGCAAGUACGAUGCGCCGCGUGGUACAGUUCAGACCCUGUCCCAGACAUGCCAUGGCUUCGCUGCAGGGAUGAUCAAGUUUUGUGACACCAUGGGAUGGGGUGUCAUGGCUGCAGCGCUGGAGCACUUCUCGGACAGACUUCUAGCGGGCGCCAGGGCGGAUCUCCUAGCCCUGGCGAAGAUACCAUUCAUCAAGAGCCGGACAGCCCGAGUCUUCUGGGAGAGUGGCUAUCGGAGCGUCGCAUCUAUAGCUAAUGCCGACCCCAAAGAAUUGCUCCCCGUGCUCAUGCAGGCACAGCCCAACAAGAUACGCUUAAAGGGAAGAAACGACGAUAAGCUGGAGGAAAAAUUACUGGCAAAGGCCGAGAUCAUCACUACCGCAGCCAACCGGCUCUGGCAGAUUCAAUUACAGGCAGAGAUGGAGGUGGAAUAA